GUCCAUUCUUUUUUUUUUGCUUUUUCCCACAAUCACUCUUCCAUCACCAUCAUCAUCAUGGGCAACGUUGUUUCGUUCUGCACGACUGCGCCGCCUGCGCUCGCCGGCACCAGCUCGCCCGACCUGCUUCCUCCUGUUGAGAAUCCCGACGAGAUUGCUCGCAACCUGAACAAGCCUCGCGACUCUUUCAGAAUCACGAUCGUCACGGGCGACCUGCCCAACGCCGGAACCAAGGCAAACGCAUUUGUCAGCGUGCACUGGGAGCAGUCGAACGCCUGGUCGGACGAGUUUGAGCUCAAAAAGCUCAACAAGGACCACGAGUACUUCCAGCGAGCGUCCACCGACACGUGCUUUAUUCACGAUGCGAGGGAAGAGCAGAUCGACAAGGUCCGAAUCCGCCACGACAACAGCGGCCUGGGUGCUGCCUGGUACAUUGAGAAGAUCGAAGUGCAAUCCCUCAAGUCGUUCCUGCAGUACGACUUUCCCGUCAACUACUGGCUCGAUUCUGAGCAGGGUGAUGGCGGUCUUUCUCGCGAGGUUUCCCGCACUGCCAUGAAGGCUCCGUUUGAAAGCUCGAUGGCCGACUACUGCCGUGCCCGGGCCAACUUCAAAACCGGAGACGUCAUCCUGUUCUCGUCCGCAAACUGGAAGUCGGGCCUCACCAAGUACUGGACCGAGUCCCCCUUCUCGCACGCCGGCAUCAUCUUCCAGGAGCCUGCGACAGGUCGCUUCCUGACCUUUGAGAGCACCAACAACACCGAUCCUGAAGAGUACUAUCCCACCAACGCGACCGAGUGGUGGACGGGUUCCCAUUGCUUUGAUCUCGACCAACGCGUCCUGGCGUAUGCUGGAGACGUGUACUAUGGCCAAAACAAAAACAUUCUGACCGAAGAGCAAACCGAUGCCCUCUGGAAGUACGUGGCUGCCCAUCGCGCGCGCCGAACUCCGUUCGGUUACUUCCAGCUCUUUGGCGCCGGUUUUGACGGUUUUGACGGCAUUGGUUUGACGCUGGAGCCAGAAGAGUACUCUGUCAUGAUUUGCAGCGCGUUUGUUGCUGGUGCUUUGAAGGAAAUCGGUCUUGUGCCGCAGACGUUGAACGUCACCGAGCAGACGCCCGCCGACGUGUCGCGAUUCCCGUGCCUGGUCAAACCCAAACUCUUGAAGGCGAUUGGCCACAAGCGCUCGCUGCCCUCUCUGAUGAAGAGCAAACUCGAUACAGGCGACGUCCUUCUUGUCAGCCUCGACAGCGUCAUUGACAAAAUCCACCUGCGUGCGGCCGGCAAGCGCUGGAACUAUGUGAUGCCCAUUAUUCGCGCCGUCCCUGACGAUGACCAUCAGAUUUUCGUUCUGGAUGUCUCGCAACCAGCGGCAAAGCUGAUCAACAUUGAUGAAGUGAUGGUCAACAAGAACCUGAACGUCAUUGGUUUGCGCCACUUGGAGGUUGAGCGCACCGAGGAGAUGCGCGUUGCUGCACGCCAAUUCGUGGACAAGGCCUUGUCGCAACCACUCAAGGCCAGCAACCGUGAUGCAGAGCGCACGGCAGAAUUGCUCAUGGCGAUGGAGAUUUUCAAUGCGCGCACGGCUCCCAAGACAUUCCAAACGAACGAUUUCACCUUUGAAAACCCAAUCAACAAGGCUGCCGACUAUCUGGCCAAGGGCACCUUCUGCCGCGAAAUGAUUAUCAAGCAUUGAGUGUCUGAACUGAUGUGUUUUUGUUUUGUUUUCUUUGUUUGUUUGUUUUUCUUUGUUUUUGCAAUAUAU